CUUCAGGCGGUGUCAAAGAUCCGAGAGUUCAUCCUUCAGAAGAUUUACUCCUUCAGGAAGCCGAUGACCAACUACCAGAUCCCCCAGAACACUCUGCUGAAGUACAGAUUUUUCUAUCAGUUCCUUUUGGCCAACGAGAGAACGGUCGCCAAGGAGAUCAGAGACGAGUACGUGGACACGAUGAGCAAAAUCUACUACAGCUACUUCAAGUCGUACAGCGGCAGGUUGCUCAAAGUGCAGUACGAGGAGGUUGCAGACAAAGACGACCUGAUGGGAGUCGAAGACACAGCCAAGAAAGGUUUCUUCUCCAAACCGUCUCUGAAGAGCAGGAACACCAUCUUCACUCUGGGCCAGAGGGGGACCAUCCUGAGUCCUGCAGAGCUGGAGGGACCGAUCCUGGUCCCGCACACAGCUCAGAGAGGAGACAGCAGGUAUCCGUAUGAGAUGUUGUUUCGCAGUCAGCACUACGCUCUACUGGACAACGGCUGCAGGGAGUACCUCUUCCUCUCCGACUUCUUCAUGGUGGCGGGAAACUCCGCCCUCGACCUCUUCAACAGCAUCAUGGGAAAAACUCUCAGCAUGUUCCUGAAGAGUAUGUCCACGUAUGUGUCCGACUGCUACGACAGCAUCGCAGUCUUCCUCUGCAUCCACAUCAUCCUCCGGUUCAGAGCCAUCACCGCCAAGAGGACCAUCCCCGCCCUCGACAAGUACUGGGAGGCGGUGCUGGAGCUGCUGUGGCCGAGGUUUGAGAUGAUCCUGGAGAUGAACAUCCACAGCAUCAGAAACACAGACCCUCAGAAACUGGGAGUACUGGACACCAGACCACACUACAUCACUCGUCGGUACGCUGAGUUCUCGUCGGCCAUCGUCAGCAUCAACCAGACGUUUCCCAACGAGAGAACCAACAACCUGCUGGGACAGCUGCUGAUUGAGGUGGAAAACUUUGUGCUGAGGAUGGCGGCGGAGUUUCCCUCCAGAAGAGAUCAGCUCAUCUUCCUCAUCAACAACUACGACAUGAUGCUCAGCGUCCUCAUGGAGAGGGCAGCAGACGACAGUAAAGAGGUGGAAGGUUUCCAACAGCUGCUUCUGGCCAGGACACAGGAGUUCAUCGAGGAGAUCCUGUCUCCGCCCUUCGGAGGAAUGAUUGCCUUUGUGAAGGAGGCCGAGGCGUUGAUGGAGAAAGGGCAGCUGGACCGGCUGAAGAAUGAGGAAGCCCGUAUCACUCAGCUGGUUCGGGGGUUUUCCAGUACGUGGAAACAGUCGGUUGAGGCGAUGAGUCAGGACGUUAUGAGGUCCUUCACCAACUUCAAAAAUGGAACGAGCAUCAUACAGGGCGCUCUGACCCAGCUGAUCCAGUACUACCACGGCUUCCACAAGAUCCUGAACCAGCCGACGUUCCGCAGCCUGGCCGUCCGCUCCGAGCUCAUCAACCUGCACCACCUCAUGGUGGAGGUGAAGAAGCACAAACCCAACUUCUAACCGGCUGCUCGUGUUUGAAACCGGAGCGUGAACACAUCCGAAAGGUCUGGAGGUCUUCGUCCCCUCUCAGCUGAAGAACACGAGUUUGUUUUCCCUCCAGAAGAACAGAUCGGAAAGGUUCGACACGGAGACGCGAGCCGAUGUCCUCGAUGGAUACGAAGUCCUUUUAUUUUCCACUUUGCAUUAAAACAUCAGCAGACAUUAACGCUAACAGUGUUCACCUGUAACACAGAUUCACUUAAAUAUUCCGUAAUAAUCCUUCAGAUUUCUGUUUAUUGUGCAGCCGAAAAAAAAAAGUUUUAAUAAAUAAAUAAAGUCGUCGGUCAAUAAAUCGCCUUUUUCCAUCACGCCAGGAGCAACCUCCGUCUGUGCAGUCGUACUCUGACUCCUGUGGUGGUUUCACAAUAAAAGCCAGUUGAAGUAUUUUAGUGUGAAGCAGCAGCAGUAGGGAACGUUGUGUAGCAUUAGCAUUAGCUUAAUACUCUGCUCUGACACGUCUGCAUGAGAGUGAACAGUAAAAACAGGCAACAUUGACUGAAUCAUUAAAACUGGAUGUAAUCUCGGUUAAGUCCCUCAUAGGUGGAUUUUAGCUCUAGACACUAAAAGUAAACAUGUUUAUUUCUGCUGUUGAACAUUUUAUUAUGGAGCCUUAUGGAGACUCACUGCUGCAGCCUCUAGAGGCCGAUAGAGGAACUGCAGCGAUGGAGGUUGCAGCUUCGUUAGGGAUCAAAUAACAAACAAUAGAACCGGAUUAAAACAUUCCUGUCAGUCUCUUGUGUGAAGGCGACAUGAAUCCAGGACCAGGAGCGGCAGACCCUGCCACCGACAAUGAAAACUACCAGAGAGAGAGAGAGAAAGAAGUUAAACAUAAACAGUGAUUCUGAAGGAUUAUAACUUUUAAAACAAAUAAAAACAGAAGUGUAAAAUGUUUAUUCAAUCAUUUCAUGAUGAAAAUAUACAGAAGUUUAAUUUGUUGACGUUGUUUGUUUUUAUUUAAUUUGAUGUUUAACACUCAUGGGAGAGAAGCUCUUGUGAACUCAUUACUUAAAGGUGAGACUGCCCAUUAAAGGAUGAAGCUGAAGAUAUUCUGUAUGUUUAUUCUUCAUCACCAGUCGCACAAAACCAACACCGAAACUAUCAAUGUGUCGUCAAUACUUUCACUUCCUGUCUGUGGCUCUCGGCCCCGAACCCUCUGGUUCCUACUGAACACGUAAACCUUUAAAAACUCAUCUCAAAUAUAUAAAUUCAUGUUUAAAAAAGGUUUUUAUCAAACAAACAGGAAAUGUUCUAUUUGUUAGGGACUAUUUUCAGCGGCGGAUGAAUCCACAUUCAGUGCUGUGGUGAGUAUUUAGGGCAGCAGGACGGUGAAUGUGUUCAUUGUAAUAAUGUAUAAAUGCAGAAUAUCUCCAGACUGACCCUUUAAAGAUUCACUCUCUCACUCUUAAAGUUGCUUUGUGCCUUUCUCUCUUUGAAUCAUCAGUUCAUCGUGUUGUGAACUUAUAACCGUCUGUAGAGUUUCACAGUAAAGGUAAUACAACAUGA